CAGAUGAUACUGAAUUUUGGACCCAAUCGAUGGAAAAUAAUCAUCUUCUUAUUUCUCUAAGGUGUUACUGAAGUGGAACUCGACAAGGCACCAGAAUUCAAAGCAAAACCCUUUGAACAAAACCCUUUAUGAUCUCAUAUUCCUCUCUGUGCUACUGAAGUGGAACUCGACAAGGCACCAGAAUUCAAAGCAAAACCCUGUGAACAAAAAGGAUGGUGCUGUUUUCCUUGUCUAACUGACCUUAAGAAGCUGCAAACUGCUAGAAAGAUGGUUAAUCUGCUGAGGUAUUCGUCUGCACUCAGGCCAAAAAAAUAGCACUACCUAUCUGAUUCAGGAAAAUCGAAGCCAUCACAAAGGCAAAAGCUAGAUGCUGACCUAACGAUAGAAAAAAGCCUCUUCUUGCUCUGGAUGACCGGCCCAACAACAACAACAAUGGGAAAAAUCCACUGUAAGUAAACACUUAUUAAGAGAUCCUUAUCAUGAUUCAUCAAAUCAAGUCAUCACAAAGCAAAAUAUAGAUGAUGGAAAUUCAAGACAGGUGAGCCAAUUAUUGUUUCAAAAUCAGCAAGCUCUUCAUCAUAGCUCCAGCUUUUGCCUUCACCACAAACAAUUACACCACAUCUGCCAUAAUUCAAGGGAAAUAAAGUUAUCGAAAGGCAAAAGCUAGAUGAUGAAAAAUCAAGACAGAUUCUCUCAAGAACAACAAGAACGGAUAAAACCUCUGUGAUGAUCAGAAGAGGACGUUGUUUUCAUGGCAUUUCUUCAGUUCACAUCUGAUUUGAGGAGAAACUCCACAACGAGAAAAAGAUUCUGUGGAACAGCUCGUUACAAAAACAACUCAGGCAAGAAGCUUAACCGUCGAUGCAAAGACCCCAUUGCUGAUUUCGUACUCAACAAAAUCACUCAAUACAUUCGCAUCAGUUCCCCAUCCUUCUUUAGAUGUUCACUUUCUUCCCAUUCAUGUUGGGGGUGUGAUGCUGAAAUUAUGGUCCCAAAAAAGGAAAGCCCACGAAUUUAAAAAACAGCAAAAAGGCCCUUUAUUUUAAACCUAAGCGUUUUCAUCAAAAGGCUAAAACGCAGCGUUUUUUAGAAAGUAUGGAAACCUUGUUGAUCUACAAAGUUCCAAGAAGAAAUGAAGCAGUAUCUUCUCUAGUUAUUUCUUCACUCUCCAUCUUCUCGCUGGGUUUCUAGAUUAAGUUCUUAGUCGUUUGUUCCAAAAUCGUGCUUGUGGAUUUCAUCAUCUUCGUUGAGUUUGUGGUUUGAUUGGAACGGAUUGGUUCGCUAGGGUUUAAGUCCAAGAAGAUGGAUCGGAUCAUAAGCGAUCUACCAGAUGAAAUUAUUAGGCUAAUCGUGAGUCUUCUUGCUUUAAAGGAUGCUGCGUCUUUGUUGGUUACCUCAAGGUUGUUUGGGAAUCUCUAUACCAUCAUACCAGAUCUUGAAUUCGAUUGCGAAGCUAAGUUUCAGGGGACUUUCACGGAUUUCGUCAGUGAAGCAAUGGCUCGGCUGGAAACUGCUACGCGCAUAAGGAGGUUCUCUUUAAAAUAUGAAAGGGGUGGUCUUGAUCAAGUUCGUAUCAACCACUGGCUACGUGAUGUGUUAAAUCAUCGUGGUGUCAUGGUUCUUGAAAUGGGCAUAUGUGGUGAUAAUGGAUAUACGUUGCCUUUCGAGAUCUUCACUUGCAAGACACUCAAUAAGCUGAAACUAGGGCGGGAAAUUGUUAUCAGUCUUCUCCCUGAGAAUGCUUUGCUACCAAGCCUUGAGACUCUCGUUUUCGACUCUGUUCGGUUCUGUAAUCCUGUUGAUUGUGCGUUCAAGGCGUUUAUUUCGGCUUGCCCUGUGCUUAAGGAACUAGUCAUUGAUGGUAUGUGCUGGGAAACUUGCGAAUGGUCAGGCAUCGUGUCUAGUCAAAGUCUUCAAAGACUUACAAUUGGUCGUGAACUGUCAGGUUUUGAUGGACCUGAUCCUCAGUACAUUAGUUUUGAUACUCCAAGUCUUACCUACUUAGACUACUGUGAUUUUGUCCCGGAUGGGUACACAACUGUUAAUUUCGAGUCCCUUGUGGAAGCUAAGCUCAAUCUUCUUGUGAUGGUAAAUCGCCGAUGGGAUUGGGAGUUUGCAAAUGAUGGUGAUAUCUUGUCUAGCAAUGCAACAAAUCUGAUUCAAGGGAUAAGAAAUGUCCAGAUCCUGGAAUUAUCAUCUCCUUAUACUUUUGAGAUGCUUUACUUCUUCCGUGAGGCAAUUCCAGUAUUUGAAAAGCUACAUCAUUUAACUAUGACGCAUGAUGAUGCGGGAUUCUGUUGGAGAUUUCUUCCAUUUUUGCUAAACAAGGCUCCAAAUCUGAAGACUCUUGUUAUCGAGUGUGGAUUGCACUGUCUUGAACCUGACAAUGUUGAAGAAGCUGACUUUGCUGAAGAACCUGAUUAUGUUUGCCAGUGUUUGCUGGGAUAUUCUUGUCUAUUGACAUGUCCAGUAGAGGUCUUGGAGAUAACUUUAUGGUAUGGCGGGACGACUGGUGAGUUGCAGCAAGUAAAACAUUUCUUAGGAAAGUUGCCACGUCUGGAGCUGCUGAAAGUGUAUACUUGGAGAAGAAUAAGCAAUAGCGAGAAGUUAAGAAUCCACACUCAUAUUCAAAUGUUUCCGAGAACUUCAUCCAACUGCAGGGUCCAGCUCAGUUUUAUAUGAAAACUAGUAGCUCAAGCAUGAAGAACAAACAUUGGUCCUCCUAGUUGCUUAAGUCUGGUGGAACAUGAAUCGGUUUGUGCACAUUCUUGGUCACGUUUUAUCUCUAGUUACUCCCUGUGAUCUUUUAUUAAUUGGAUUCUCCUAGUUAUCUUCAGUGUGAUUUUAUCUACUUUCUAGGCAUGAUAUGAUUUGUAACUCAGUUUGCUUCGAUGGGCACUUAGUUUAUGUCUCAGAUGAUCAUAUGAACUUCAGUCCUACGUGAGAAAAAAAUUUAAUCAUAAAGGGGAUGAUUUUUUUGUGAA